GAGGUUCCUAUUCUAUUAUUCUGUUGCUGUUGUUGGUGUUAUAUGUGCGAUGGGUUAGGGAAGAAGGAAUCUGAUAUUUUCCUUUUCUACUUCUUCUUCUUCUUCUUCUUCUACCUCUACCCUCUACUCUCUACCCUCUACCUCUCAUAUAGGUAUACUACCUACGUCUUUCUUUAACAUUGCGUUAUACAUAAUGAGUUUGUGGUGAAGCCUUCUUUCCUCCAACCCUUUCUCGUUUAUUGUCUCUCUUUUUUUCUCUUCGCUCUAUCUGCUAUUCGAUCGUUCGGUGGAUGCUCCAGCCGGCAACCAACUAUAUACAUUCUUUUUAUUUAUUUUCGUAGCAGGACGUAGGCAACCAUGCAUAGCUUACUACCUCUCGCCUUGACCUGCUGGUCGCUGCUGGCCUCGGUGACCGCUUCACCUUUUUCAGAUUUGCUCACGCCUAGGGAACGACGUGAUAUUCAGCCUGCGCCGCGGCCGAUAAGGACAAGGUCCAUGAUCAAGCGCGAUGCCGAUACCACCUUCGGUUUCGACCACGACUUUUCAGAUGUGACUUUGUUUUCGGGUGCUUGGGCCGCCACAAAAGGAGUUGAUAUCUCGCUGGAUCUAUCCUGCAGCGAAUGCAAUACUUUCGGUACCAUCAGGGCGUCUGCUGAAUUCCCGGAUGAUCUCGGCGACUUCCUCCACGAUAUCAAAGAUUUCAACCCGCUUAACGACGCCAGCUUGACGAUUGGCUUCGAAGGAGUGGGUGCUACUAUCGGCAUAAGGAUGGCUGUCGACGGUGAUGGCCAGUUCACCAUUCCGCUAUUCAAGUCCGAGACGCCCCUCGGCAUUUCUGGCCCUGGAUUCCAAGUCGGUGUUACUUUCAACGUGGACCUCAUCGUUAGUGUGACGGCCGAGAUCUCAACCGAGACUGGGUUCGAGGUUACUAUCCCUGAUGGAUCGUCUUAUAAGAUACCUCUCGACCCUAGUAUCCCCAACACUGCCCAUUUCGACGGCGCUCAGACGACUCUUCUCCCCUUGACCGUUGACGGUCCCGCUGAGAUCACCGUGGCGCUACGUCUGCGUGUACAGGCUGGUGUAGACCUACCCGGUAACAAGCUCUUCGAUGCGCAGGCUCUCGUCGGUGCGUUCUUGUACAUCCCUGAGGUGACACUAUCGGAACAGUUUUCGCAACAAUUCGACCGCAACGGCAGCAUCACCGAGGCAGGCGAGUGUAUACUUCCCGCGUCCGCGGACAUUAACAUUAACGCGGGCGUGUUCGUGGACAUCGGCGCGGAUGUGGCCAACAACCCCGUAGUCGACUUCAAUCCCACGCUCAGCACCACCGUCUUCACCGCGUCUACCAGCACUUGCUUCUUGACUGCUACCGGUACCCCCGAGCCUACUACUGCGCUAGGAACGGGUAAGAAGCCCGUUGGCACGGGUAUCCGCACUAGUAAAGUGUCUAAGACGAAGGCGCCGGCCAAGCCCACCAUCACGAGAAAACCGCUUGUUACUGGCACUGGCUCGACUUCUCUCGCACCCCCCGAGAUGACUCACCCAGCCUCCGUCUUGGCCUGCCCUGUACCCCUCGUCACCGAGAAGCACACUACGACAGGCAGGUACACUAUCACCGAGUGUGCCGCCCAAGUCAUGAACUGCCCGGCCAGCCUGACCCAGAUCGUCGUCGUCGACGACACCGCCACCCUAACCACAACGCACUGCCCUGUCUCCGCAACCGGCGCUCCCUACGCCAACGCCACCAUGCCUCUCCCGCGUGGCAACCCCAUCCCGCUGAACAGCCUAACGGCACCAGUCGUCAACACCCUGUCCAUCGACCCUCUAGUCGUUGUGCCCACCGCGACCAGCGUCCAGGCCACGCCUCGCGCCAAGAAGACCCCCGAGCCGGAGCCGGAGCCAGAGCCAACCCCGGCCCCUGCUCCAGCCCCUGCACCCGCCGGGCCAGCCAAGCCCGCAGCAACGGAACCCGCAGCCUCGGACGAUUCUGACCCGGCCCCGGCUCCUCCCGCGGACGCGAACAACGCCGCUCAGCCGUCUGUCAUCUACAAGACCAAGACCGAGAUCAUAACCACGACCCGGUGCCCCGACGCGCACACGAAGCGCGCAUCACCAUCGCUGCGGCGGCGUCGGGCUAUUCACUAGUUAGUUAGUUAGUUAGUCUCUGGUCUACUCUGGCUCUAAACUAGGUAGUCUGGGUUAGUCCAUGACACAUCCUGCUGAAACACGCGGAUUGCCCUGACAGACUAGACUAGCCUAGACAGAUGCAAACGGUAAAAAGAAAAAAGGGGAUUAAUAUUUCUCUGUAAAAAGUUGUCACGACCUACCUACUUAGGUGUCGUAGUGUAU